ACCCGGGGUGCCGGCGCGGUGGCCCCGCUCCGGCCCGAGAGCCGAGCCCGGCGGCUGGGAGCACGCGGCGGCCCCGGGGGCACGGCGAGGGACGCGGCGCCGACCGCCCGGCGCGGAGUUAAUGAGUAACCGGGAGCGGCUCGGGCAGCGCGGGAGAGCGGGAGGCGCUGCCGGAGGCACGGCCCGCGCGGGGACUCGGCCAGCGCGAGACGACGGGCAGCUCGCUGGGACCUCCCGCGCUGGGCGCUGGAAGCGAUGGCCACAGCUGCUGGUGACAUGCCUAAGAAGGGGCCGUGGCUAGGCAUGGCCAGGUGCAAUUCUGGCAGCUGUGACAGCAUGGCCAGCACCACCUCGAACCGCUCUGAGCGCAGUGAUAACAGUUAUGACUACUUAUCCGUGGAAGAAAAAGAGUGUCUGAUGUUCUUAGAAGAAACUAUUGGCUCCCUGGACGCAGAAGCGGACAGCGGGGUCUCCACGGAUGAGACCGACGGCGUGGAGUCCGCCCCGGCGCCGGGGACGCGGCCCGGGAGGGGCUCUGCUCCCCGGGAUUUGGAAAACGGGGCUCCCGCGCCGAGCCCGGCCCAGCAGCGUGCAGCCGAGCAGAAAAGCGACCGGAAGGCGAGCGCCCGCUCCAGCCCCGCUCCCGCAGCGGUUCCCGGCCCCGGCUACUGCAGCCUUCCACGGACCGCGGCUGCAGCGAGCCGGCCGGGAGCGCACGGCGCUUCCGACGGCAAAGCGACCGCCCGCGCCGCGGGGGCCCCAGCGCCGGCACACGGACCUUCGCGGGGGACGGCCGAGGAGCAGAGGCUGGACGGGGCCGGCGCGGCGGCCGUGGCCGAGCCGCCGGGCUCCGCGGUCCUGCGGCCGCUGGAAGCUUUGCGGGACGGCGCGGGGGCGCGCGGGGGGCUGGCGCCGAGCGGGGCCGCGGGGGCCGGUGGGCAGCGGGCAGAGCCCGAGAGCCCGGAGAGGGAGAGCGCGGCCGCGGCUCGAGGCCGGCCGGAGCCCCCGGCGUGCGGAGAGCCCCCGGCCGGCAGGCGCGGGCCGCCCACCGCCCCCAAGCCGCGGAAGCUGCCGCCCAACAUCGUCCUGAAAAGCAGCAGAAACCCGGCGAUAUCGCCGCCGGCAGCGGGCGCCGGCUGCGCCGCGGCGGACAGGGCCAGUGCCGGGCGCCCGGAUGCCUGGGAGAGGGAGAAAGCCCGGCGGGAGGCGCUGGAGAAGCUGGGACUCCCGCGGGAUGCGCCCCGCGCCGCGCCGCGAGCCGCCGCGCCGCCCCGAGCGCAAGCGGUGCCGGGGGCCGCGGGCGCUCUCGGGGCCGCCGGGAGCCCCGGCGAGCGGAGGGUCGCUCCGGGCGCCCGGCACCCGGGCUUCAAGUCCAACACGCUGGAGCGCUCCGGCGUGGGGCUCGGCAGCGGCGUCGCCGGCAAGGACCGGGGCGCCAAGAGCAGCGGCUCGCUCGGCAAGAUGUCCUUCAUGGAGAGGAUGGCGCCGAGCUUCCUCCGGGGCGGCCGCCCCCGCCCCGCGUCCCUGGGCGCGGGCCAGGACUCGGCCGGCUUCCCGCAGCCCCAGCCGGUGCAGGUUGUUACGACUGAUUACUAG